AUGAAGUAUUUAAAAAUAUUAAUUAUAGUUUAUUUGAGCAAAAAAAACAAAGGCUUAAAAAAUGGAAGGAGAGAAAAAUUAAUUUACUUUGUAUAUUUAGUUAAAUGUAAAAAUGUGAAAUAUAAUAUGAUUAGCAAUGA